AUGGAUUCUACAAAAGUCGACACAGAAGACAAAAAUCGACACAAGAUAUCCAAAGGCUAUUUUAUAUUUUUCCUGGUUAAUUAUUUGCUGGUGAACCAGGUUGUGGAAGGUUGGGUGCAGGAGCCUCAGGCCAGGAAGUUCUUCAAAUAUGCAGAUUUAACAAAUGUCCCACAGUUUUUGGGAAGUACUUUAAGUUUUAAUAAUAAUUUAAAUGAUAAAGACACGAAGCAGUAUUUUAAACUCCUGCAGCACGAGACGCAAGACUCGAUAUUAGUUGGAGCAAGAAACGCAGUGUACAAUCUAAGUCUUCCUGAUCUGAUAGAGAACAAAAAUCAGCGUAUAGAAUGGCCUAGUAGCGGUGCACAUAGAGAACUUUGCUAUUUGAAAGGAAAAUCAGAAAUAGAUUGUCAGAACUACAUACGAAUCGGAGCCCUAGAUACGUCCAACGCCCUCCUGGUCUGUGGCACAAACUCAUUCAAGCCCUUGUGCAGAAGGUAUCGCAACCUGAACAACAAUGCUUCUAAGUUACACGAACAAUUCGAAGGCAUAGGAGUAUGCCCUUAUGAUCCAACGCACAACUCCACUGCUAUUUAUGCAGAUGGAGCGUUAUUUUCGGCAACUGCUGCAGAUUUUAGUGGAGGAGAUCCAUUGAUCUACAGAAGUCCCCAAAGGACUGAACGAUAUGACCUGAGACAACUUAAUGAUCCUGCAUUUGUGGGUUCUGUUACAUACGGAGAACAUGUUUAUGUAUUCUUUAGAGAAACUGCAGUCGAACACAUGAAUUGUGGAAAGGUGGUUUAUUCCCGUGUGGGUCGCAUAUGUGCCUCAGACAGAGGAGGUCCCAGGCAUUUUGGAGACCGUUGGACAAGUUUUGUGAAGGCUCGUUUGAAUUGUUCAGUUGCUGGUGAUUAUCCAUUUUACUUCGAUGAAGUCCAGGCUGUAAGUGGACCCCAUAAGGGUGUACGUGCUGGUGGAGUGGAAAGCUCGGUUGUAUAUCUAGUAGCUACAACAGCACCUUCUGCAAUUGGAGGCUCGGCUGUGUGUGCUUUUGAUAUGGAUCAUGUUGCCAAAUUAUUUGAUACGGCUUCGUUCAAACAUCAACCGCAUGGGAUUAAUUCUAAUUGGCUACCAGUGCCUCCUGAGCAAGUUCCAGUACCCAGACCAGGUUCUUGUUUGGAAGAUUCUAGGACUCUAUCAGACAAUAAUGUUAACUUCAUCAGAGCACAUUCGUUGUUAGAUCCUGCUAUUCCUGGUUUAACAAGGCAUCCUUUGAUUACACGAGUCAGUUUGUCACACAGGAUGUUCAGUAUUGCUGUUCAACCACAGAUAAGAGCCUUAAAUGACAAAACCUACGACAUGCUGUACAUCGGCACGGAUGAUGGCCGUGUGUUGCAAGCCCUAAAUACAGCCCUGGCAGUGUCCCUAAAUGCAAGCAAUCCUAUUUUGGUGUCCGAAUGGCAAUUGGCACCACAAGGCGAACCCAUCAGGGAACUAAGAAUGGCAGGUGCUGCAAAUAACAGAUUUUUAGUUGCUGUAACUGAUGAAAGAGUCCUGGCAGCAGAUACAAGAUUUGUUUGCAAAUCAGCUUCCAAUUGUCGUGAGUGUCUACAACUAAGAAAUCCUGAAUGUGCCUACGACCGACGCAACCAAAUGUGCAUAUCUCUACAAGAUCACCCAUAUCCCAACAAAGAACGCUUCCUACAGAGUCUAGACCCUGAAGACUACCAAUCGGUAGCCAAUAGUGAUGCAGAACUCUGCAAAAAGUCUCAAACAUGGCCAGGAGUGCCUGCUUCCAGACGAAGACCUGAUGCCAACAAGGGUCGUGAUGAGACUGGACAUUCUGGUGAUGGAAGCGGGGAAAACAAAAGAAUUUCAUCGGAUGAAUUGGAUAAUGAAAUCGUUAUUGAACUUGUAGGCUCUAGAGCAUUGGCUGAUGAUGUUGGAGUUUUGAGGAACGGAGGAGGUUUGAAUGAUAAUGGAGACGAAGAAAGGAUAG